AUAAAGAGGUCAAUCUAAAAAGCUGUCCGGUCCAUGGGAACCUGAAUGUCGAACCGCAUUUCUACACGCCGAGUGCAACCAGGGUAAAAAUGCUCGGCACAAGAGAAUUAACAGAUACGGCUCGUCCGCCAGCGGUCGAACACUCCGGCAUGUUCCAUUACAACACCGGAGUGGUAUCGUCAGGCUCGGAUGCCCGAUCCAUGCUGGCCCUGGUCGCCUUCCUCUCCAUCGCGCUCUACAACGUCCUCGAGCUCACCUGCAUCAUCUUCACGACCUUCAAAAAGCGCAGCGGCCUCUACUUCUGGAGCUUCUGCGUCGCCACCUGGGGGAUCCUCCCCUACUCCAUCGGCUUCCUCCUCCUAGGGCUCGGCGCCAAACCGGCCGCCGCCGUCUACGUGCACGUCACGCUGAUCGUCAUCGGCUGGUCCUGCACCGUGACCGGGCAGUCCCUCGUCCUCUACUCACGCCUGCACCUCCUCAACCGGAACCGCCGCCACCUCCGCUUCCUCCUGGCCAUGAUCAUCGUCAACGGCGCGGUCCUGCACUCGGUCCUCGCCGUCAUGAUCUUCGGCGCCAACGCCUCCGAAGGCCCGAGCCGGUUCUACCGACCGUACUCCAUCGCCGAGAAGGUCCAGGUCACCGUCUUCUUCGUGCAGGAGACGACCAUUUCGGGCUUCUACAUCGUCGCCAUACGGCGCUUUUUUUGUUGUCGCGACACGGACUCGGUCCUGCACCGCGCGUCGGCCCGCAGCCGGCUGCUCCGUCGCCUCUUCGCCGUCCACGUCGUCGUCAUACUCCUCGACGUCACGAUCCUCGGCCUCGAGUACGUGGGGCUGUACCAGAUCCAGACGGCCUACAAGGGGAUGGUCUACUCUGUCAAGCUCAAGCUGGAGUUUCGUAUCCUCAACGAGCUCAUCAAUGUCACGCACUCUCGGGGCGGUUCCGGUGCGGCCGGUCGUCGCCACGACGAUGACGACGACGACGACGACGACGACGACGAUGACAAUGACGACGACAAGAGCCGGAGGAGGACCCCGAGUACUGCCUUUGAUUCGGCGGGUCCGCCCCUUCCUCCUGACGACGUCCACUGUUCGUCCCAUCGACGACGGAAUGCUUUCGCUAGGCGCUUCACGCCGACGCAGCAGCGCGCCGGCAAGGGGGAGGUGUCUGAGGUCGAGAGUGAGACGGCGGCGUAUUCAUAUUCGGGCACAGCGGCGCGAGGCUGCGUAUUCGAGCAGGGGCAGGUCCCCGAGGACCGCGUACUCGUUGUGCGGACCACGGAGGUCAGUGUCGCGCACGAGGAAGAGCUUGAGGGGCAGUUGAGGGGCCUGGGCCGGAUCGCAACGGAAGGUGGUCGGAGGGAUAGUGUGGGUGUUGCGGAUUCGGAUGAAGACGGGGUCAGGUCGACGUUUGCUCGUCAGAGGUUAGGUUUGCCGUAAAGGCGGGGGAUAUCAACACCCAUUAAAGCAAUGAUGGUGGCGGUGGUGGUGGUGGUGAUGAUGAUGACGAUGAUGGUGAUGAUUUGGUAUUGGCGUGCA